ACACGCUUUCGUUAUUAUAAAUGAUUUAAAAGUUAUUUUCAUUUUGUUUUGCUUUCAAAAUAUCAUAAUUUAUUUAUUUUCCAAUCAAUGCAUCGAUUGUGUUGUCAUUCAAUUGGAUUCAAGUGAUUGUCUUCGCAAGUGAUGGCAUAUUAGAUGCACUCAAAUGAGACACAAAUGCAUAUUUCGGUGACAUUUCGGCUAAUUUUGUGACAAAAAUCAAUUGAUUUCUGGAUUUAAUGCUUAAAUCAAUUGAAACCAAAGACAUACGAAAAGCGAUUAAAAGUUUAUUUAGAUUUCAAUGUUUUUAAUAAAAGUGGAAAUUAUUAACUAAAUCACGAAAACUAAAUGCAAUUUCUCUUCAAAUGUCUUCAUCCAAGCGAAUGAUGGGAUCAAACAAUACGAAUGGCGACGGCAUCGACAACUCGAAGACCAAUUUGAUCAUCAAUUAUCUGCCGCAACAGAUGACAGACCAGGACUUCCGCGUACUGUUCGCCCAAAUCGGAGACAUCCGGUCGGCGAAGAUAAUCCGCAAGAAGUCGACGGGAUAUUCGUAUGGAUUCGGUUUCGUGGACUAUCUUCGGCCGGAAGACGCCGAGAGAGCGAUUGACUCACUGAACGGACACUUAGUGGAGCACAAGAAGAUCAAAGUGGCGUUCGCUCGGCCGUCGACCGACUCCAUCAAACAGGCCAACCUCUACGUCAAGAACCUGCCCAUCAAUUACUCCGAUCACGACGUCCGCGAACUCUUCAGUCCUUUCGGGAAUAUAAUUCAGUGCCGACUCGUCGGCAACAGAGGCGUCGCCUUCGUCCUCUACGACCUCCACGAACAGGCCCUCCAAGCCAUCGACCAAAUCAACGGCAAAGUACUUCCCGGAGCCGGAGCCGGUCUUAACGUGAAGUUCGCCAACGAUAACAACCAAAAGUAUACUCUAGCCGAAAUACAAACCACAACCCGAAGAGCAAUCGGGGUUCAGGAGGAGGUGGAGGUGGAGGAGGAGGGGAAACUGAUUUCUAGUCCAGACUGGCGUACGAGCACUUGGUUGCGACGGAGCGUCAAGUGUCUGGAUGCCAAGCCUCUGAGACAAAUGUUGGAUAUUAAUGACAACUAA